AUGCUUCGCUCAUCCAUGGGCCUGGGCAGAGCCCGGGUCCCGUCUUUGCGCCAACCGAUCCCUGGCCGUUUCUCCAGAUUGAACUCGCUGAUUCCACGGCCAUUUGGGGCAACAAGGCUAGCAUCUACGGUUACUGACCUUGAAAGCUUUCCUGCCGUUGGCGAGAAGCUUUAUGGGUUUACCGUUCGGGAGAAGAAGCAUGUCCCGGAGCUACACUUGACCGCGGUGCGGCUCACCCAUGACAAGACCGAUGCGGAUUACCUCCAUGUGGCCCGAGACGACAAGAACAAUGUGUUCGGUAUUGGUUUCAAGACCAAUCCUCCCGAUGCGACUGGUGUACCGCAUAUACUGGAGCAUACCACACUGUGUGGAAGUGAGAAGUACCCUAUACGCGAUCCAUUCUUUAAGAUGCUCCCGCGCUCUCUGUCAAACUUCAUGAAUGCUUUCACCUCGUCCGAUCAUACCACAUACCCUUUCGCGACGACGAACUCGCAAGACUUCCAAAACCUUCUAUCCGUGUACCUCGAUGCGACCCUCCACCCUCUGCUCAAGGCAGAUGACUUCCGGCAAGAGGGCUGGCGUCUGGGCCCUGAGGAUCCACGUGCCUUGCUCCCGACAGAAGGACAACCUGAGAAGAAGGCUGAACUGGAAGACAUUGUGUUCAAGGGUGUUGUCUACAAUGAGAUGAAGGGCCAGAUCUCGGAUUCGAACUACCUUUAUUACAUUCGCUUCAAAGAGAGCAUUAUACCAGCUCUCAACAACUCAGGAGGUGACCCAGAGUAUAUCACGGACCUCACUCACCAGCAACUUACCGACUUUUCGAAGCGCAACUAUCACCCAAGCAACUCCAAGAUUUUGACUUAUGGAGAUAUGCCUCUUGCCCGUCACUUGGAACAAAUUGGAGCUGUCUUGGAUGGGUUCAACAAGGGAGAAGCUGAUACAGAGGUGAAGCUGCCUCUCGACCUGAGCCAAGGUUUGAACAUUACCGUACCGGGACCCAUCGACACAUUUUCGAGCGAGGACAAGCAACAUAAGACUUCGACGUCCUGGUAUAUGGGAGAUUCAACGGAUACCGUCGAGACUUUCUCCGUCGGUAUCAUUUCUUCCCUUUUCCUCGAUGGCUAUGGCUCGCCGAUGUAUCGAGCUUUGAUCGAAAGCGGCCUGGGCUCUUCCUUCACACCCAACACUGGCUUGGAUUCCUCUGGUAAGGUCCCGAUAUUUUCUAUCGGUGUCACUGGUGUCAGUGAAGCAGAGGCCCCCACCGUCAAAGACGUGAUCCAGAAGGCAUUCCGUGAGUCUGUGCAGACUGGAUUCAGCGAGGAGAAGGUCCGUGGAUUCCUGCACCAGUUGGAGCUUUCUCUCCGUCACAAGACCGCCAACUUUGGUAUUGGCGUAAUGGAGAAGACUAUUUCAUCCUGGUUCAACGGUGCCAACCCAAUGAAGGAGCUGGCCUGGAAUGAUGUUAUUGAGGAAUUCAAGAGAAGGUAUGAGAAACCUGGCUACCUGGAAUCCUUGGUGGAGAAGUACCUUCUCAAUGAUCAUUGUAUGACGUUCACGAUGGUUGGUACCCCGACCUUCAACAAGGAGCUUGAUCAGAAGGAAGUUGUGCGCAAGAAAACGAAGCUUGCCCAGCUCAUUGAGGAGCACGGUUCUGUUGAAAAUGCCCUGGCCAAUCUCACAAAGGCAGAGCUACAGUUGCUGAAAGUUCAAGAGGACGCUCACAAUGCUGACCUGAGCUGUCUCCCCACCCUCCGAGUCAAGGAUAUCUCCCGCGAGAAGGAGCGCAAGCCUGUGCGCGAGUCAAAGGUUGAAGACACGGAAGUUGUCUGGCGUGAGGCUCCCACCAACGGGCUGACCUACUUCCAAGCCGUGAACGCUUUCCAGGAUCUUCCAGACGAUUUGCGACUUUUGGUGCCCCUUUUCAAUGACUGUGUCAUGCGGUUGGGUACCGCAAACCGCUCGAUGGAGCAGUGGGAGGAUCUUAUCAAGUUGAAGACCGGUGGCAUCUCCACUUCGUCCUUCCUCGUUUCUUCUCCUACUCAGCUUGACCAGUUCAAGGAGGGCAUGCAGUUCUCUGGCUUUGCAUUGGACAAUAACAUCCCCGAGAUGCUGGACAUGCUCUCUACCCUGGUGACGGAGACUGAUUUCUCCAGUCCCGCCGCCCCUGGUAUGAUCCAAGAACUCUUGCGCUUGACCACCAACGGAGCUUUGGACUCUGUUGCCUCGACUGGCCAUCGGUUCGCUGUGAACGCCGCCGCGGCUAGCCUCUCCCCUAGCUUGUGGAUUCAGGAGCAACAAUCCGGUCUGGAGCAGUUGCAAGCUACUGCAAACCUCCUUCGCGACGCGGAAACCUCUCCUGAGCGCCUUCAGGAAUUGAUCGAUAAGCUGCGUUUGAUCCAGUCGUUUGCUAUCUCGAGGUCAUCCAACCUCCGUGUCCGCAUGGUAUGUGAGGCAGAGAGCGCCGCUCGGAACGAAUCCGUCCUCCAGAAGUGGCUUUCUGGACUGCCACAGGUCGCUUCACCACGUGCAUCUGCCGCGCCAUCAUUCAAGUCUGUUGAUAAGGCCUUUUAUGAUCUCCCUUACAAGGUCUAUUAUUCCGGUCAGGCUACUCAGACUGUUCCAUUCACCGACCCGGCUAGCGCACCCCUUACCGUCCUGUCGCAGAUGCUCACUCACAACUACCUCCACCCUGAAAUUCGGGAGAAGGGCGGUGCUUACGGAGCGGGUGCUAGCAACGGCCCGCUCAAGGGCAUCUUCACCUUCAUGAGUUACCGGGAUCCCAACCCUACAAACUCUUUGAAGGUGUUCCAGAACAGCGGUAUCUUCGCUAGAGACCGUGCUUGGUCCGAGCGGGAGAUCGAGGAGGCCAAACUUGGCAUCUUCCAAGGCCUGGAUGCUCCAGUGAGCGUCGACGACGAGGGUGCUCGCUACUUCAUGAGUGGCGUCACCCACGAGAUGGAUCAGCGCUGGAGAGAACAGGUCUUGGAUGUCACUGCCAAGGAUGUGAACGAGGUGGCUGAUCGUUUCCUGGUGAACGGCUCCCGCAAGACAACUUGCGUCCUUGGCGAGAAGAAGGACUGGGCCGACUCUGAGUGGGAGGUGCGCAAGCUGUCCAUGGGCCAGCAAGACGCCGCUCCUGCUGCUUAG